AUGCCGCGCAAGGGGCACGUGGCUGUACGGGUGGGCCCGGAGGGGGAGGAGCAAUGCCGCCUCGUCGUGCCCGUGAGGUAUCUGAGCCACCCUGCCUUCGUCUCGCUGCUCGAGGAGUCGGAGAGGGUCUACGGUUUCGAACAGCAGGGGCCGAUCGCCAUACCCUGCAGCAUCGAGCACUUUCGACACGUCCUGGGCGUCAUUGACGGCAGAACUAGUUUCAACAACAGCAGCAGCAGCCAGCGACAAGGCAGGCAGAACAGCGACAGCCACCUUCACCUCCCGCGUUUUGCUGGAUGCUUUAGAGCUUGA